AUGGCAGGUCUGCGGCGACUUCUUCUCUUAAAUGCUUCUGCGCCUUUGGAUCCCCUUCCGCACGUUCUGUCCCCUUUAAUAUUACCGGUCGCAGCGUUGGCCGCGGGUUGUCUCGCGGCACCACAGGACCGACAUGAAGUACGACAGCCUAGACUUCCGUUGAUGAAGCGACAGUAUAGCAACGCCACGUCAACAAGAACAGUGUUAGACUCGAGCGCACUCAGCACCGUUUACGAGACAGUCAACCUUACGGUCACAGUAUGCACAGAUUCUGCACUACCUGCAUACAUUCUUUCUCCUUUCACGACUUCUCCUUCGACACUCUCGACGCCAGCAGCAUUAUCAUCCAGCUCGAGCGCCACGUCUAGCUCCUCAGCGAGUACCAGCAGCUCGAGCACCACUUCCAGCUCCUCAGCAACAGCCAGCAGCUCGAGCUCGAGCCCAGGAAUGUCGUCUUCCCUGGCACUCAGCGGGUCAGUGUCGGCAACGACGACCUUUACGUUGGCGACUGUAACGUCGAGUACCUGGGUUCUCUCGACCGCUGGCGAGCCCACCAUUGCGACUGCAGCCGAAUCCGCUUAUACCACUGUCACGAUGUCAAGCAUCUUGCCAAGCUCAUCCGACACCGAGUCAGCUGCAGCUGCAGCUGCGCCCACUUGCACCUUGCUCCCAGGUGCUCCCAUUACCAACGAGCAGCAAGUUGGCAAUUCGAUCUGGGGCACUCUGUGCCAGCCAUAUUUCCCACAAUGGCUAGGAGACUCGCCAACCGUCCCGUGGGGUGAGAACAGAACUGUGAAGAACAGCGAUGCGACUGUCAAGAAGGACAUCCCAGUCACCAACGUCACUCGGCCAUACAACUUCACGCUCUCGCGCGGACAACUUUCGCCAGAUGGUGUAUUGAGAGAUGUCAUCUUGAUAAACAAUCAGUUUCCAGGCCCAGCGAUUGAAGCCAACUGGGGCGAUUGGAUCGAGGUCACAGUACACAACAACAUCUCCAGUCCGUUUGAAGGCACUAGUCUCCACUGGCACGGUCAAUUGCAGAGAUCAACCCCCUGGGAGGAUGGCGUUCCAGGCGCAGGGCAAUGCCCAAUCGCACCAGGGCACUCCCUCACGUACAGAUUCCAGGCGGAGCUGCACGGCAGUUCGUGGUACCACGCACAUUACUCUGCUCAGUUCACGGCUGGUGUGGCUGGACCCAUGAUUGUUCACGGGCCAAGCUCGCUUCCAUACGAUAUCGACGUCGGCCCUGUCAUGCUUUCGGACUGGUACCACAUUCCGUACUUCUCGAUCGUCGAAGACGUGGUCGGAUCAAACUUCUCGCUGAUUCCACCAACAUCUGACAACGUGCUGAUCAAUGGACGAGGCCAGUUCGGAUGCUCCAGCUCUUCUUACGAUAGCACCAAGAAGGAUUUGGCAACGAACCUAAAGUCCAACCUUACCUGGCAAUGCGUCGAGGAUGCGCCUCUGGCUGCUUUCCGAUUCCAGGCUGGCAAGGUACACAGGUUGCGUCUUGUCAACCACGGUGCCAACGGUGUUCAGCGCUUCACCAUUGACAACCACAACAUGACCGUCAUCUCCACCGAUCUUGUCCCCACUGAGCCAUACACCACGGACGUUGUCACUCUAGGUGUCGGUCAACGCACAGAUGUUCUUGUCCAAGCUUGCGACGACCCUACAGCUGCCGUCUGGAUGCGCACUGCUGCUCCUGGUGGCGAGCCAUGCGGCGGCUCAGACAACCCAUACACCGUUGCCGCGGUAUACUACAACGAAGCGAAUGUUCACUUGGCGCCCACGACCACGUCAACCGCUGUGAUCAACAACGAUUGCAUCAACGACCCUCUCAACAUGACCGUUCCCGCUUACCACGUCGCCCCAAGCAACAAUUCAUUCAUUCAGGAUCUCACCUUGUCCCUCGAGCUCAACAGCACAGGUGAAUUUGAGUUCCGUAUCAAUGGCCAAGCCUGGAAGAUCGACUAUAACGUCCCGCUUCUCCCGCAGUACGCAGCCGGCAACAUGACUUUCGAGCCACAAUGGCAGGUAUACGAAUUUGGCCACAACCAGUCUAUCACUCUGAACAUCACGAACAACAUGCCUCUCGUUCAUCCAUUCCAUCUUCAUGGGCACAACUUCUACAUCCUGAACGUUGGUGACAACAGCACAGCCGGCUCCAACAACUUUGACAGUCAGCUGUCGAAACGUCAAGCAGCAGGUCCGCAGUUCCAGAACGGUGCUACAUGGGAUGGCUCUGUCGUCAACGCCGCAAACCCCAUGCGCCGUGACAGUCUUUUGAUUCCUCCUUACGGCUUCGCAGCCAUACAAGUCGAACUCGAAAAUCCUGGUGUGUGGCCUUUCCACUGCCACGUUGCAUGGCAUUUGAGCGGUGGCCAGGGUUUGAGCCUUGCGUACAAGUACGAUGAGAUCCUUGCCAUACCUGAUGGCUAUAUCGAGGAUACUUGUGCCGAUUGGGAUUGGUAUACGAACAACCAUGGCCCGGUCGAUCAAAUUGACUCUGGCGCUUGA